UCCCCGAAAACAAAAAACAAAAACAAAAAAUUAAUAUAUAUAUAUAUUUGAGGAAAAGGACAGGAGUGUAUGCUCAAUUUCAUAUAUUUGGAUGAUCCCCGCACCCAUCAGUAGGAAUCUAUUGGGAAGUCCUUUCUGUCCGGUUCCCUUCCCCCUCUCUAUUUAAAUCCUUUCAUCUUCACACUAUCGUCCCACCAGCUCUAAAACAAAACAAAAGCAACAUGUCUUCUCAAUCAUCUACUCUCCUCUCUGGUUUCUCCAACACCAUCCACAGAUUUUUCUUAUCAUCUCCUGCAAAACAUCAAUCAAAUUUUUUCCUGGUUGGGCCCAAGGACGAACAGGUAAAAUUUGAUGUCCGUCUGCAAUGCAAAGCUGUGUUGAGACCCCGUACUGAAGAGUAUACGGAUGUGUCUCGAAAUGGUUUGCCACUGAUAAAGUGGAGCGAGAUUGUGGAAGAUGACAUAGAAGGAGGAACAGUUGAGGUGUCUGUCUCAAAUAAGAUCAAGCAACACGUCGAUUUCAUCCGAUCAAUGUUAGGUUCGAUGAAUGAUGGAGAGAUAAGCAUAUCGGCCUAUGAUACUGCAUGGGUUGCUCUUGUUCAAGAUAUUCAUGGAAGUGGUUCCCCUCAAUUCCCUUCUAGCCUUCAAUGGAUCGCCAACAAUCAGCUCUCCGAUGGUUCUUGGGGUGACAGCUACAUAUUUUCAGCUCACGAUCGCAUAAUCAACACCUUAGCUUGUGUAAUUGCAAUGAAAUCAUGGAAUAUUCAUCAGGACAAAUGUGAAAAAGGGUUGUUAUUUAUUAAAGAAAACAUGCAUAAGCUUGGAAAUGAGAGCGACCAACACAUGCCAAUCGGCUUUGAAGUUGCGUUCCCUUCACUCAUCGAAAUGGCUCGGAAACUAGACAUUGAAGUUCCUGAUGAUUCUCAAGUGUUGGAGGAGAUAUAUGCCAAGAGAAAUCUAAAGCUCAGAAAGAUACCAAAGCACAUAAUGCACACAGUGCCCACAACUCUACUCCAUAGCUUAGAAGGAAUGCCAGAGCUGGACUGGGAAAAGUUACUACAAUUACAGUGCCCAGAUGGGUCAUUCUUGUUUUCUCCAUCGUCCACUGCCUUUGCACUCAUGCAGACCAAAGAUGAUAAUUGCCUUGCAUAUCUAAACAGAGCUGUUGAGAGAUUCAGUGGUGGAGUCCCUAAUGUGUACCCUGUGGACUUAUUCGAGCACAUAUGGGCCGUUGAUCGUCUGGAACGCCUUGGAAUUUCUCGAUAUUAUCAGUCAGAGAUCAAAGAAUGUGUUGAUUAUAUCUACAGAUACUGGACCGAAGAAGGGAUAUGCUGGGCAAAAAAUUCACCUGUUCAAGAUAUCGAUGACACAGCCAUGGGUUUUAGAAUUUUAAGAUUACAUGGUUACGAGGUUUCUGCAGACGUAUUUCGACAUUUUGAGAAGGGCGGUGAAUUCUUCUGCUUCAGGGGACAAUCAAACCAGGCUGUCACCGGAAUGUUUAAUCUCUACCGGGCGUCCCAGGUGCUAUUUCCGGGAGAGAAAAUACUGGAGGAUGCCAAGAAAUUUUCAUCCCAAUUCUUAAGAGAGAAACAAGCUAACAACGAACUUCUCGAUAAAUGGAUAAUAGCAAAGGACUUACCAGGAGAGGUUGGGUACGCACUGGACUUGCCAUGGUAUGCUAGCUUGCCUCGUGUGGAGACAAGAUUCUACAUAGAACAAUACGGCGGUGAAAAUGAUGUAUGGAUCGGCAAAACAUUGUACAGGAUGCCUUGUGUCAACAAUAACCUGUACCUUGAGCAUGCAAAGUUAGACUACAAUAAGUGCCAAGCACUGCAUAUGUUGGAAUGGGACAACAUUCAGAAAUGGUACGAGAGUUGCAACCUCGGAGAGUUUGGAAUGAGUAAAAGAAGCCUUCUCUUUGCAUAUUAUUUAGCUGCCGCGAAUUUAUUUGAACCUGAAAGGUCAAAUGAACGCCUUGCUUGGGCUAAAACCAGUGUCUUGAUCGACACAAUCCGGUCCUAUUUUGACAAGCCGGAAACUUCAGACGAGCAGAGAAGAGUGUUCAUACAAGGAUUUAGAAAAAGUACCUAUUCAAUCAAUGGAAGGUACAAGCCAGGAGAAAGACUAGUCAGGACACUGCUUGGAACAGUGAAUCAGCUCUCAUUGGAUGUAAUGGUGGUGCAUGGUAAAGACAUCCGUUACCACUUACAUGAAGCUUGGGAAACAUGGAUGAGAAUAUGGAUUGAAGGUGGUGAUAGAUAUGAAGUUGAAACACAACUCUUAGUGCAUAUGUUAAAUCUCUGCGCUGGCCAUUCCAUAUCCAAAGAGCUACUUUCUAAUCCAGAUUACCAGUGCCUCUCUCAUAUUACCAAUGGACUCUGCUAUAAACUCCGAGAAUUUCAACAGGUACAUCAUACGGACAUCUCUGACGAAAUCACCAGCAGCCAGAUAGAAUCGGACAUGCAAAAACUUGUGCGGUUGGUGUUGUCGGAUGACGGUGUCGAUCCUGAUAUCAAACAAACAUUUCUUACAGUUGCAAAGAGUUUUUAUUACACUAGCUUCUGUUCUUCUGAAACCAUUCGUUUUCACAUUUCCAAAGUACUCUUUGAGAAGGUAGGUUGAUUAUGUUGUAUGAUAAAUUAUAGUAGUGGAUAUUCCCGUGUACUAUGAAGAAAAAGAAAGGGAAAAUUAAUUGGAAUA